AUGGAGUCUACAGCGUCUAUGGGCCCGUCAUCCAGGGUUGGAAAUGUUUCGCCAUCGAAGGAUUUUAGGAAUAAGAAAGCACGACGAACACAAUCUGCACCAAUUACAACAAGGAAAUCUCCUACUACAACUGUUAUGCAUGGAAAGGAAGUAAAUUAUCAACAUUUGGAACAUCGUGGAAUCAAGGGUGCAGCGAUGGCAGGUGGAAGGCGUAAUACCUCUUUCCUCGCUCUUGUGCGGGGAUUGGUUUUCAGGCGUUAG